CUAUCCUUUGAUCCGACGCAACAGUAUUUCAUCACUAUCGAAUCAUUCGCAAGUCGCAUCACCGAGAACCGCACCGCAUCGUCUCUUUUGUCUCUGCCAUUUUGCACCGACUAUCGCCCGAUAGUCCUCGAUACCCACAACCCCCAAUCAAGCCACCAAGCCACCGCCUACCACAAGAGCACACUCAGAACAUUAGACAUAAUGGAGAACCUUCUCAGCCUCGCCUUCGACGGCCUCUCCUCCUACGACGGUCCCAAGAUUCGCAAGGGUCUGCGCCAAGUCGAGGGUCUUCUUGCCCAAAUCUGCCUCUCAGCGCCGGCAAAGUCGAGGUCACCCACAACGGACGAUGAUGCGUCCCAUAACAACGGAAAGUCUCUAGCGGACUUGUCAGACGACCCGGCCUUCCGCGAGUUCUUCAAGCUGCAGGAGGGCUUCGAGUGGAACGUCGCACUACGCCUCAUCAACACACUCGACCGCCUCAUGGGCAAGGGCACCGACGGACAGAACGACCUCCUUAUCCUCAGCUCGCUGGACCUGAUCCAGGGUGUCUUAUUACUGCACCCGCCCAGCAAAGCUCUCUUCUCACGAGAGCAGAACAUGAAUCUCCUCCUCGACCUCCUCGAGCCCGUAAACUGUCCCGCGAUCCAGUCCGCCACCCUUCUGACCCUCGUCACCGCCCUCAUCGACACCCCGACCAACACCCGUACCUUUGAGGCCCUCGACGGCCUCCUCACCGUCACCUCCCUCUUCAAGUCCCGCUCCACGGCCCGCGAGGUCAAGCUCAAGCUCGUCGAGUUCCUCUACUUUUACCUCAUGCCCGAGGUUCCCUCCAUCCCCCGUGCCGACGUCCGCGCUUCCGUCCCGGCCAUCCACCAGCGCAGCCCCAGCAAACUCGCCGGCGCCUUUGGCAGCGCGGCCUCCACACCCGCCUCUACCGAUGCGAGCCACGCUCGGAGCCGUGCCGGUAGCGAAUCAUCCGACACCAUGACGACCGAGGAGAAGCAGGAGCUGCUGGGCCGUCAUCUGAGCAAUGUCGAGGAUCUCGUCAGGGACCUCCGGACAUGCACGCCCUUUGGCGGUGUCGUAUGCUAGUCUCGACGAGCAAAUUGCUCAUAUCUGGCAUCAGGUGUUUUAGGCUUCUCAUUCUUUCAUGGGGUUCUACUCAUUCGCGAGGUCUGCUUUCUACCGUCGUUUACAAAUCUCCACAUCGUUUGGCGUUCUCGUGGAAGGGUUAGGGGAAUGCGAUACAAAGGUUUUUACUUCCAUGUUUCGGGCGUCCUUUUUUUCGUGUCAACGUAGGCGAGGAGUUUUGUCUAGAUUUUGUCGUUUCCACCGAAUCAGGGGAAGGAAGGGAGUCGCUCAUUGCUUCUUGCAAAAAAAAGUUUCCCUCAGUCAGUAUCGCAUAAUACGUAUUAUCAAGUU